UAUUUCGACAGGGCUAACCGGAAGUGUCCUGAUAACAACAACUAUGGUUAGCAUGUAGCUAGCAGUCCUAAACGUGACUUUUGGACAUGAAGCAUUUAUCUGCAGUGCUACGACAGCGUCCGCUUAAAUGUCUAAAAACAUAUGUAUCUUGUCGAUAAUGUUACAGAUACAAACGCUUCGUACUUGUGGGUAUCUAUAGCUAGCGUUAACGUUAGCUCGGUACCUGAAGCUAUGAAGUUAGCUUACUAGUGGAAAGCUAACCUUUACAGUCGUCUGAGCACACCUGUGCAAGGUGUCAUUGACCAGGUGAAAGAAUGGCUGACGACCCCCAGAGAAAUUUUCGCUCCGCAUAUUAUGAGAAAGUGGGCUUCAGAGGAGUGGAGGAGAAGAAGUCUCUGGAAAUACUGCUCAAGGAUAAUCCGCUUGAUCUAGAAAAGCUGAGCACCUUCAGUCAGAGGUUCCCCCUCCCCUCUAUGUACAGGAUCCAUGUGUGGAAGGUGUUGCUAGGGAUCUUACCCCCCCACAGUGACUCUCACACUCUGGUAGGAGGCUACAGGAAGGAGCAGUACCGGGACAUCUUUGAGGCUCUGGAGGUGAUGAGAUACAUCAACACUUCCACACCCUCCACCCACGUCUACCUGCGCAUGUCCCAGCUGGAGACCCAGCUGCUUCCACGGUGCUCCGAGACCUCCGCCCCGGACGAGGAGAACGAGGACUUCCUCUCCAUCAGUCGAGCCAUGGAGGAGAUCGCAGAAAAUCCUAUUGACUGUUACUGGCUCAUCAAGUGUUUCAUCCAUCAGUUCAACACAAAGUUUGGAGACUCUGUACCCCACCUUCCGAAGAGCCUGGAGCAUUACCUGAGUCAGGAGGAGCCUCGGCUGCUGAACCACCUGAAAAACAGCGGGGCACUCGCUCAGCUGCCCUACAGCCUCUGGUUCAGACGCUGCUUCGCCGGCUGCCUGCCCGAGUCCAGCCUGCAGAGGGUGUGGGACAAGGUGAUCAGCGGCUCCUGUAAGAUCCUGGUGUUCGUGGCCCUGGAGAUUCUGCUCAGCUACAAGAUCAUGUUGAUGGGAAUCCCACGGCCUGAAGGCGUGGUGAAGUUCCUGUGCAAUAUACCGCAGGAGAACACAGACGCCAUUGUGACUAAAGCCAUCGACUUGUGGCACAAAUACUGCGGCACUCCGAUGCACGCUGUAUAGCUGCACAAAUCUGGGCCUGGAGAGGUGCUGUCCCAAGAUGAAGCACAAACUCUUAACUCCACUGAGUCUAUGGAUUUGUCUCUGCAUGACUGAACAGAAAACUCAUCAUUGGCUACUUUUAAUAAGCCCGAAGACUGGGGAGCCAAUCCAAUUAAAGACAGCCCUCCCCAAAGAAUACGAUCAACCGUUUAUGGAAAGGUCACUUAAAACAGCUGCUAUACAGAGUGGAUGCACAAAAUAAGUUAAGAAAAAAGGCAGAGUUCAUAAACUUAUUUAUUUAAUAAGUUUCUUUCUUUAAGAAACAGCAUACAUCAUAGAAGACAAUAAAUUAAUACCCACAUGCAGUUUUUCUGCUUUACAAAAAAACAUUUGAAAAGUCUUGUUUACUUUCUUUGCUAUUUACAAGUCUUAGAAUUCUGAGAACAGUUUUAAACGUACAAGAGACAGUAAUAUUACCGAUGCUCGUACUUAGACACACUCACUCAGACACGACGAUCAACUCCUCCCCAUAAUAAGGUAAAAACUGGCAAUACAUUGAGCUAAUGUGGACUGUAAACCAUGAAAAGUAAGCUGGCAGGGUUUACAUUUUCUGUACCACCAGAGAUUGGUCUCAGACAAUAAAAAAGGAAAUCAUGAAAGAAGAAAAAGCCUGGUUUCUUGUAAUUCUGCAACAUGUUACUGUGUCGACAGAUAGUCUGUAUCAAACUAAACAAGUUAUUUUGGCAACUUUCAAAUCCCUGUAAACAAUACUGUAGGCACAGUGACACAGUAAGUUACUGAACUCUCAACAGCAGUCAUUCUUUGAUGCAUUCAAGAUCGCACCGUCAACAGCAAGUCAAGUUGCUUUGGCUUAAAGUGGGGAUCAAAAGUGUGAGAACAUUUUUGAGCUCUUGGAUGCAGCCCGUUAACACAUGAAGCAAUGAGGCUGUGAGGUUAUUGCUCAGUUGAUGUGUGUUUGUGUUGGGUUACUUUUUCUGUUUCCUUCUUGCAAAGAGAAUUAUGGGUAUAUUUUGGGUUUUGGCUUAAGAUGCAGCUGCCUACAGAUUCUAAUUCCUCUGGCAAAAUGAGAAACGAUCAUUGAGAUGUUUCAUGUGGAAUAAUACAGUGCCAACACAAGCCAAAGAUAUACAGUCCAGUUAAGGAGAGUGACAUUAUGGUGAAAGGCAAGUAAACAAUCCAUGUGUAAAAAAGAUAAAUAAAGUCCUAUCUUCACCUCCUUGGCACAGA